AUGGCAAUGCCAACUUACACCAUGUCAGUGUUCAAGUUGCCAAGAAAGCUAUGCAAAGACAUAAGCUCACUGAUGGCUAACUACUGGUGGGGAGAAGCAAAUGGAAAUAAUAAAUUGCAUUGGUUAUCUUGGAAGAGAAUGUCAAUGAGUAGGAAUGCAGGGGGUCUGGGAUUCAAGGACAUUGAAGCGUACAAUAAAGCAUUACUGGACAAGCACAUUUGGAGAAUACUCACCAAACCAAACCUUCUCAUUAGUAAAGUGCUGCGAGCAAGAUACUUCCCAAACGAUUCUAUUCUAACAUGCAAGCCCCACAAGAUUGCUUCCUGGAUAUGGCAAGGACUGUUAGGAGCAAGAAGCUUGAUUGAGAAAGGGGUGAUCAGAAGAAUUGGUAAUGGCAGAAGCACGAGCAUCUGGGGCCACAGGUGGAUUCCAGGUUAUAGCUCAGGUAGGCCAACCCCUCUUGGUCCUCAAAGCUGCGACUUGAAAAUGGUGCAUGAGCUCAUAAGCCAUCAUAGAUGGAAGAAGAACAACCUCUUUAAGUAUUUCAUGCAAAGCGAUGCUGAGAAGAUCCUGAAUAUUCCCAUAAGUUUGAUGGGGAGGGAGGACAACUUUUAUUGGCAACACAACGCAGGAGGGUUCUAUACUGUUAGCUCAGGAUACAAAUGUCAAAUGAAAGAGAGUGCCAAUGCCAAGAUGAUAACACCAGAGGCAGCUGGACCAAGCAUCUCAGAGGGAGGAACACUGCCAGUAAGAGCAGCAAUAUUCAGGAAAACAAGAUUGGGAGAUCCAAUGUGCAGAUUAUGUGGGGAAGGCCAAGAAACAGCAGCACCAAUACAAUGGGAUGGUGCUAUAGACCAAACAGGGGACUUCAGAAGGUGGUGGAUCAGAAUCUCAGAAGCAAGGACUAGGCCAAGGGGAAGGGAGCAUAUUGGCUUGACUGCGAAUAUUUUAUGGCAAGUGUGGAAAGAAAGAAACCAGAAGGAAUUUGAAAACAAGACCAGCUGCUCUCCAGCUCGAACAAUCGAAAAAGCUCAUAAAGAGUGGCUGGAGCAAGAGGAAAUUAUGAAAGGCAAAGCUAGCCAGAGCACAAGAGAAACAUCUUUCAAUCAGGAAGAGCACUAUAAGGGACAGGAUAAAGAAGGGACCAUCUGUUUAGACGUGGCUACAACAAGUCAGCAUGGCCAGGUCUCACUGGGGAUUGGAGUCACAGCGAUAAAGCACCCAAAUACUAGACUUGCGGAAUGGGCACUUAAAGAGCAAAGUAAGGGAGAUAAAGUCAUAGAUGAAGCAGUGGCUAUCCAGCUGGUCAUAUGUAAGGCUCUUGAGCAUCAGUGGAGCAAAAUCACGAUCCAGUUUCAAAGCCAGGAUCUUAUGAGGCAGAUAAAGUACAAGAACCCCUCUAGCAGUAGGCUAGCUACCUUAAUAGAUGACAUCCUGAGCAUGCAAAAGUUGUUUCGCAUGUGCUUGUUUAGUUUGGCAAAGGAAGAAAGUAGUAAACGCAGUAGAAAAUUAAGUUCUCAUGCCUAUGGCAUUUUAGUGGAUGAGGAAUGGAAUCUCAUCAGUGCUAGAUGA